GUUGCAGGUUCUAAUCGCAUGCAAUUGUAUAAUCAAUAGCCUGCAUGCUUACCGCUUCCACGUCACUCGCUACCUUUCUCUCUCUCUCUCUUUCUCUCGAACUAGGAUCACAACUAGGAUCACGCAAGAUACACCAAUUCGUUAAAGUGCCAUCUCUACUUUAAGCUUAACUACCAGCCCUACAACGCGACCGAUUUACCUAGCGACAACGGCUUCCGCUCUUAAACCACGACUCGAAACCUUCGCGCGUAAAAGAGGAUAGCUCCUAGGGCCACGCGCUCAGAGCAUCACGUAUAAGAGAGCAUGAACAACUACGCAAGCAACGCCAUGAACGAUUACAAUGCGUCGGUGCGGCCGGGGUCGACGAGACCAGGCACGCGAUUCGCAGCCCCAAUUCGGAAUCCAGAACACGCCGAGCCUUGGGAUCAGAUAAGCGACGAACAUCGGAACGAGAUCAACGAUUGCUUCCACCUCUUCGACAUGAACAAAGACGAACAGCUCGACUUUAGUGAAUUCCGGUACGCGCUACAAGCCCUCGGCUUCUCUAACCUCUCGCGGCCCGACCUCAUCGCAUCAUUUAAGUCGGCCGCGCGACCACGUCCAGGCUGGACGCCUCUACCAUCUCUCCCGAACCAACCGCCGCCACAGACUACGCCAGGCGUAGUCGACCUGCGGCUAUCGCGCGAGGGCUUCCAAGCAGUCGCGGCGCGGUACGUAGCAGCACGCGACCCGCGCGAGGAGCUACUCAAGACAUUUGCGCUAUUCGACCGCGGCAGCAAGGGCGUUAUCACCGUCGACGACCUGCGCAGCGUUGUGAAAGAGCUCGGCGAAGACGUUCCCGACAACGAACUGCACAGCAUGAUCGAGCAGUUCGACGUCGAGGGCAAGGGCGGCGUCAGCCGCGAGGAGUUUCUGGGUAUCUUCCUCGAUAGGUGAUGACGGGAGCUAGCCAGAAAGAAGCAAGCAGGUAGCCGAGAAGCGAGAAGAGCGCGACUGAAGAAUCCCCGUCUGCUUUCGCUACUCCCCGAGACAAGACACCUAGCCAGAACUGGGA